UUUUUCCUUUUCCUUUUCCUUUUAUUUAUAAUUAUAAUUAUAUUCUUUUAUUAUGCCUGCCAACACCACCCAGCUAUCAAAAUUGUCGCCUAGCAUCAGACUCGCGCCAGCAACAGAAAAGGAUGUCAGGCUAAUUCUGUGGUUCAUCAAGCAACUCGCGCUCUACGAAAAGGCGCCGGAACAAGUCGAAGCGACAGAAUCCCUACUGAGAAAGAAUCUAUUCGGAGCACGCCCCUACGCCGAAGUAAUCAUCGCAUACGUUUCAAUUAUAAAAUCCAAUGAUCCCACCGCCAUGGAUGUUGAGGAGAAGCCAGCUGGGUUUGCGCUGUUCUUCCAUAACUUUUCAACAUGGGUUGGAAGACCCGGGUUGUAUCUCGAGGAUCUGUUUGUGUGCUCGGAGUAUCGCGGCUUGGGCAUUGGUAAGAUGCUUUUGGUCCAAUUGGCGAAAAUCGCCAAGGAGAGAGAGUGCGGUCGCUUGGAGUGGGUUGUUAUUGAUUGGAAUGAGCCGGCGAUCCAGUUUUACUUGUCGCUGGGCGCCAAGCAGAUGAAAGAGUGGAUCAUCAACAGGGUGUCGGGAAAAGCGCUAGAGGAUAUGUCCAAUAUGUAAAUGUCGUGCACUGUUCAACUGUGCAGAGGGGGGGUUUUGCAGCCUGUUUGGGCCCUUAUUUGGCCAGCAGGCUGGCGGUCGCAGUGACAAUGUAUAGGCCGUUGACUAUUGAUCCGCAGGUGAGCUGCAAUGCAAGAAGGAGCAGAGCGGUGCCAAGCAUCGAUUAGAAUGAGUUGGAAUAAAAU